AUGGAUAUAGUAUCAAGGGUUCCUGGUUACUACGUAAGUGAUGGUGACAAUAAUAGAAUAGUAGGUGGUUACAAUGCAACCAUACAGCAGUACCCCUACCAGGCGUAUCUGUUGAUAGCCAAGGGUAUUGACAAUUUCCAGUGUGGUGGAUCUAUUAUAAGUACUCGUUAUAUUUUGACAGCGGCCCAUUGUCUACCAGGUGCUACAGGCAUAACAGCCAGGAUUGGCAGUACCUUCUCCAUGAGCGGCGGUACCCAGUACACGGCAAGUUUAUUCAGAGGCCACCCUAUGUACAAUCCUACAACUUUCGAUUACGAUGUAGCCUUCAUGCGUACAAGAAUACCGAUGACUAUAGAUGGAAUCAAUACGAGGAUUAUCUCAUUGGCACCAAGAAGGACCCCUGUACCAGCUGGAACAAUUCUUACAGUGUCUGGAUGGGGAGCAACGAUGGAGGACGGUAAUGUAGUAGGGAAUUUGAUGGCAGUCCAGGUUCCAGCCGUAUCUAGUGAGGACUGCAGAAAGUCAUACAGCACAAUUACAGCCAGGAUGGUCUGUGCUGGAGUCCCGGAAGGUGGCAAGGACUCUUGUGGGGGUGAUUCUGGAGGCCCAGCUGUGUCAAAUGACGGCAUACAACGAGGCAUAGUUUCCAAUGGCAUUGGCUGCGCUCGUCCAAACAUACCUGGAGUUUAUACUAAUGUAUCAAGCGUCCGAAGCUGGAUACGCCGAAAUACUGGCGUAUAAUUUAUGGAUCUCCAAAUAUAUUGUACCUACAUCUAUACCUACUUAUAAUAAAUC